GGAAUUUUGAAGGUUUUGAAGAAAGUAAAAAGAGUGAUGGUGUGUUCGAAGAACAUGAUUGCCCGUCGUAUUGAUUACUCCGCGCGAAUUGUGACUGCUUUCCCAUGGCGAUCUAUUACAGAUUCCGAUCUUGUUACGAAACCGAUAUGUUAAUCCUGAACGAGCCCUGCAUUAAAGUACGCACCGCGAAGGAGUGCAUUGCGCGAUCGAAACGCUUGAACCUGGGCGUGAAUUGUGAGCUACGUUUACUAGAUGCCGACACUAUGGAUCCAUUUGAUGAUGAUGACACGGAGUUGCAACGGAAUCGCAGUGUGAUCGUGCAACGUGUUCCUACGGGGCUCAAGGUUGAGAAGUGUCAUCCGAACCAGAGUGAAUCAUCCCGUCGGUUGAAGAGAGGAUUUGCGAAUAAUGACGAGAACCCGGACGGAUUGGACGAAGGUGGACACAUGUUCCCAAAGGCAUUGUUUGCGGAAAGUGAGGAAGAGAGGAUCAAAGAAGCGAUGAAUGAGUCCUCCGUGUUGUAUAAUCCCAAGAAUUACAAGAAAUUCCGUGGGAUGAAGCCAACGGGACCGGUUCCCCUGGAUUACGUGUGCAAUCGAUGCGGCGAUUCCGGGCAUUGGAUCAAUGACUGUCCUGUGAAUUCGUCUCGAAGGUUCGCGACUGGUAUCCCGACGAGUUUCAUGAAACCUGUUUCGAAUCCUUCCACACCCGGGGCUUUGAUCAUUCCCGGAGGACUUCUGGCUGUGCCUAGAAUAGUGGACGAUGCCUACAAUACCAAAAAGCAGGAGCCCUUGCCUUUUCUUCCGCCGACGGCCAGGGCUCUGAAACCUGACAAACACAAGGAAUUGCGGUGUAUCGCGUGUACGGACUUCUGCAAAGAUGCAGUGCGGAUCAAGUGUUGUAGGGUGUUGUUUUGUGACGAUUGCGUCAGACCGGCCUUGGUGGAGAAUCAAACGUGUCCCGCGUGUUUGGAGAAUAAUGUGAAGUGCAGUGAUCUGAUGCCGGCGACUCGAGAACUUACCCCCUUCCUCUUGCAGGAGAUGCAUUGUGCCAAACCUACCGAGGUAGGAGUCCUAGAAAUGACGACGCCCAGUUCUUCAUGCACCGAUGAUGUCAUCCCAAUUGACCAACAUGGCCUUGCAGUAUGUCCAAGUUCCCUUCCCUGUACCUAUGGUCAUUCUCGAGUAUUGACUGAGCGGCGACAUCUGCGCAGCACCGAACACACUCACUUGUCCCUAGCCAUUGAGGAACUGAGGAUUAAGAGCGAGCGUUUGAAGUUGGAGCUUGGGCUUCUGAAACCCCCUCCGCCUCCGUUGUUGCCUUAUGUUCCAAGCGGCGGACAUCACUGUCGAGCUAAUUACUCGCAUUUGAGUUAUCCUGUUCACGGUUAUAGUGAUUACCGGUGA